ACAGCCAGUACGCAACUUGUUUCGCCUUUCCUAUACUUUACGUAUGAGCGUGACACUAGACACUACUCUAUGGGACCCAAGUCUGAAGGAGAGAGAAAGAUAGAAGGAAAGUGAAUGUAAAGGAAGAAAAGUGUGAGAGAGGGAGGAACAGAAUUACUGAGGAGGAUUCUGAAUUCCGACCACAGCGCCCAGUCGUUGACGAACAUCGAAACCGUUGGUUCUAUACUACUUGUAGUCAAGCGUUAAUUUCCUAGAAGAAACAAAAAUGGUCGUCCAAGUUAUGAAUGCUGCUGAUCUAAAAAGCCAGCUUGAGAAAGCUGGAGAUAAUUUAGUUGUAGUUGAUUUCUUUGCUACAUGGUGUGGGCCUUGCAAGAUGAUUGCGCCCAGAUUGGAGGAGUUAUCAAAGGAAAUGGAAAAUGUUAUCUUCUUGAAAGUUGAUGUAGAUGAAUGUGAAGACAUUGCUAGUGAAUAUGAAAUUAGCAGUAUGCCUACCUUUGUUUUCAUCAAAAAUAGUAAAGUGCUGGAAACCUUCUCAGGUGCUAAUUACGACAAACUUAAAAGCAUGAUUCAGAAGCAUAAGUGAAUAAAUAAUUUUAAUGGCAGAAGUAUUUUUUAACAGAAUUGUCUAUUGGUUAUCAUUAAUCAAUAAAGGUAACUAGCAAAAAUCUCAUAAUCAGUAAAAAUGAAGUUAUACUUGCAAAAUGUAAGGGAUAUAAUUUUUUGUUAAUACAUUGUCAGUUUUAUUAUACAUAUUUUGUUGCAAAAUAAAAUGUAAUCAGCUUAUAAAAAAAUAUACGUCCAAUGUAAUUGUUUCUUAUGCUAUUGUCUGAUAAUGUAAAAAAUAAUUUUCAAAAUUUGGCAUAAAAUAUUAAAUUUAUUUACACAACUGCA